AUGGGAACAGCUAGAGGUCUUGCUUAUCUACACGAGGAAUUCCACAUUUGUAUAAUACACAGAGAUAUCAAAACUAGUAACAUUCUCUUAGACAAUGAUUUUCAUCCCAAAAUUGCUGAUUUCGGGUUAGCAAGGCCUUUACCGGAAGAUCAAACUCAUCUCAGCACCAAAUUUGCAGGAACUUUGGGGUACACAGCUCCCGAAUAUUCAAUCCAUGGGCAGUUGUCGGAGAAGGCUGAUGUCUAUAGCUAUGGCGUUGUUGUGCUUGAAAUUAUAAGUGGCCAAAAGAGCAAUGAAAUUAAAGAGGGCGAUCCUGUUGGUGAAUUCCUCCUUGAACGGGCAUGUGGGAGAAACAGCCACAUUGAGUUGGUGGAUGAAUGCUUGGACCCAGAGGAGUAUGAAGCAGAAACAAUGAAAAGAUUAAUAGAGAUUGCCCUUAUGUGCAUACAGCCAUCACCUGCCACAAGGCCUACGAUGUCUGAAGUUGUCGUUUUGCUCAAAAGUAAGGACUCAUUUGAGGCCAGGCCACUCACUAAGCCUGUCUUCGUUGAUGCCAAUCGGAGGCCCAGAGGAGACACUUCAACUUCCACUGCUACUGCCUCUGUCUCGAGGAUUUCAGGUCGCUAA